CAGUUUCUGACAAUUUCUUUUUCCGGUGAGCUGUCAACGUUGCAGAACGUUCGAUAGCAGUUCGCCUUUUUAAUCCAAGUUAAUCGCCUUGGAAUAGUUUAAAAUACUUUAAUUUGUAUUUUAAAAAUACAGCACAAUGCCGCCUAAGUUCGAUCCAAAUGAAAUUAAAAUCGUAAACCUGCGAUGCGUGGGUGGAGAAGUUGGUGCUACUUCUUCCUUGGCCCCUAAAAUCGGUCCUCUUGGUCUGUCCCCCAAGAAGGUUGGUGACGACAUUGCCAAAGCCACCAGCGACUGGAAAGGACUCAAGAUCACUGUGCAGCUGAUCGUACAGAACAGACAGGCCCAGAUCUCUGUGGUGCCCUCUGCUGCUGCCCUCAUCAUCAGAGCACUGAAGGAGCCCCCACGUGACCGCAAGAAGCAGAAGAACAUCAAGCACAACGGCAACAUCACUCUUGAGGAUGUUAUCACUAUUGCCAAGACCAUGAGAGCCAGAUCAAUGGCCCGCUACCUGUCCGGCACAGUCAAGGAGAUCCUCGGUACCGCACAGUCCGUCGGCUGCACAGUUGAGGGCAGGCCUCCUCAUGACCUCAUCAAUGACAUCAACACUGGUGCACUUACCAUUGAUGAAUAAACCUAACAACUAAGUACAACUAAA